AUGGAGAACUACCGUAAGGUGCGCUCCGAAGAGGCGCCGGGGGGAGUCGGGACUGAGUGGGGCGGCCUGAGCCCUGACCCCUUCGCCGACCUGGCGCCGGGCGCCGUGCAAGUGCGGGUCAAGGAGGGCAGCAAGAUCCGGAAUCUACUAGCCUUCGCCAUCUCCAGCAUGGCGCAGCCAGCCACGCGCGCCAUCGUCUUCAGCGGCUGCGGUAGGGCCACCACCAAGACCGUCACAUGUGCCGAGAUCCUCAAGCGCCGCCUGGCUGGCCUGCACCAGGUCACGCGGCUGCGCUACCGGAGCGUGCGCGAGGUGUGGCAGAGCCCCCCGCCAGGGCCCACUCCUGGGCCUAGCGAACCCGGCACCAGUCUCAGUGUUCUUAAGAACAUGCCCAGCCUCGCCAUCCUACUUUCCAAGGAUGCACUGGAUCCGCACCAACCCGGCUACCAACCCCCGAACCCCCAUUCUGGCCCCUUGUCCCAGCCAACCAGGGCAACGUCCAAGAGGAGCCUAGGGGAACCCGCUGCUGGAGAAGGCUCCGCGAAGAGGUCACAACCUGAACCAGGUGCUGCGGAAGAGGACUGGACGGCCUGAGAACUCUGGGCUCUGGGCCACCUCGAUGAGCUGGAUUUUAUACCCAGCGCCUCAACCUUGAAAUGCACCUUCAGCCGUUCACGCUUCGGUCUUCUGGAGCUCACAGCCUGGUCUCAGCUCCUCAGACUGCCACAUGAACUCCACAGCCACAAGAGAAGGACCCUAGGGCAGCUUCGUGGGGCAGUUCUCCUUCACUUAUGUUGCCUGAAGAUGCAGAAUUCCACCUUCAGCUUUGCUGAGCCAUACUGAGACCUUCUUCAGGGAGGGAAUGGUGGGCAGUGAGAUUCUUGAGCCUUGCCCGGGACCCACAAGUAUUAAAGACAUCCAGCAUUCAUCGGGGGGAAGGGGGGGAGGAGGAAAGUGUGGAAGCCAAGGAGAGCUCUUGGAAUCACCCUCAUCCAUUGGCAGCCGAGGGCGAGGAGUGAGAAACAGACUGCUUGGGGCAGGGGAGCCUCGUUUUUCCGCUCACCCCAGGACAGUUUACCUUUCUAGUUUUCCUUCCCUUCUGUUAAGGAGUGUCCUGAGAUCCUGGUGGCAAGGGCGGGGCGACAAGCUCUAACUCUUUUAACAUUCUCCCUGCCCCAAGCUGGCUCAGAGGCAAGAACCAGAACAAAAUUCUCUAUGCCUCCUCCCUUGAGCCCCGCAGCUGGAGUGUUGCUUUCAAUAAAACAAACAUAAAUAUG